AUGGAUUCUGGAGACAUUGAAGAUGGUUUUGUAACGGCAGGAGGUAACAAGAAGCUUGAUGGAUUUGUUCAGACAAAGCUGAAGGUCAAGAAGGACAAGGUUAACGAUGUACCUCAAAUCGAGAGCGACUUAGGAUGGAGCAGGAAAGUGUUUGUGAGAACCUGGGGGUGUGCACAUAACAGCAGCGAUUCAGAGUACAUGAGUGGUUUACUAGUAAAUUCAGGAUUCAAACUGACUUCAGAAGCGGAUUCUGCAGAUUUGUGGAUUCUGAACAGUUGCACGGUGAAAACACCUUCAGAAAAUCAGUUGGAGAACGAGAUUGGAAAAGCCAGAAAGCAGAACAAGAAAGUUGUGGUAGCUGGAUGUGUGUCACAGGUAUGUUUUCAUUCUUUCUUACCUUGCUUUAGGUGAACUAAACAUUUGCUUUCUGAAGAAACACUAUAAUUCCAAGUUUAGGCAGCACCCACAUCAGGAUUCUUAAAAGAUGUGUCUAUUGUGGGAGUACAGCAAGUUGACCAGAUUGUAAAUGUUGUAGAAGAAACCCUGAAAGGAAAUGUUGUUAGACAUCUCAGUUUAAGGAGGAAAGAAGCGUUGUCUCUUGACAUGCCCAAGGUCAGGAGAAACAAGUUUGUGGAGAUAUUGGCCAUCAACACAGGAUGUCUCAAUCAUUGUACCUACUGCAAGACGAAGCAAGCCAGAGGCGAUCUCAAAAGUUUUCAUAUUGAAGACAUCGUUCGACGAGCACAGACGGCUUUUCAAGAGGGAUGUAAGGAGAUCUGGCUCACCUCCGAAGACUUGGGAGCAUACGGACGUGAUAUUGACCAUGUAAGGUUUAAAAUAUAUGCGUAUUCUUUCAUUCUUACUUUAUUUUAUUACAAUUUAUUUGUAGGUAUUACCUGACCUUCUAAAUGCUUUGGUAGAGGUUAUCCCGGAAGACUGUAUGAUGCGUCUCGGCAUGACUAACCCACCAUAUAUUCUGGAUCACUUACAGGAAAUAUCGGAGAUUCUGAACCACCCUCGCGUCUACUCGUUCCUCCAUAUCCCAGUCCAAGCUGGAAGUGAUGCUGUUUUAGCUGAGAUGAAGCGAGAAUACACUUCAGCUCAGUUCUGCAAAGUGGUCGAGUUUAUGAGAGAAAAGUAAUUAAGUUCGCUUUUAUUUACGUAUAAUCAUAUCUUUAAGCCCUCUAAUUAUUAUACUUACAAAGUAGCUUAAAACUUCAGGGUUCCAAAUGUGUAUAUAGCAACAGACUUUAUCUGCGCCUUCCCAUCGGAAACCUCGGAAGAUUUCGAAGACAGUAUGCGUUUAGUGAGGAAGUACAAGUUCCCAUCUUUGUUCAUCAACCAGUUCUACCCUCGCCCAGGUACACCAGCUGCUCGUCUCAAAAAGAUUGACACAAUCGAAGCUCGCCGAAGAACUGCAGCGAUGACAGAGUUGUUCAAAAGUUACAGUACUUACAACGAAGAUCGGAUAGGAAACGUGUACAAGGUGUUAGUGUGUGAAAGAGCUACGGACAAGGUAAACUAUGUUGGCCACAACAAAGCAUACGAACACAUAUUGAUAUCUUCGAACAAAGAUUUGAUGGGGAAAUGGGUGGUAGUGAAGAUAACAGAGGUGUCCAAGUUUUACAUGAAGGGCCGCGUCGUCGACCAACAAAAUAUUACCUUGAGUUACAAAUUGGUACUAGUAAUCCCGUUCUUGUUGUUGUUGAUUUUCUACUUUAUUGUUAAACUGUUAUAA